AUGCCGAACUCUAUUGAGUCAUUCAUUCAUUCUGUCCAUCCCAGUUUGGUCAACACUGACGCCCUGGUGUGUGCCGGACCGGAGGAGUUUCUGGGCCUUCCCAUCAUCCCCCUUCUCAACAACACCCUGAGCGUGACGAUCCCAGAAUGCCCCAGUCCCACCCCUAGCAACCGGAACGGGUCUGCAGACGACUGGUGGAGUCUCUAUGGCAACGGGACGUCUAGGAACGGGACCGGAGGAGAUGGCAGCGGAUCAGGGACAGGAGAUGGGAGCUCCGGUACCGGUUCUGGUACUGGUUCCGGCUGCAUGUGUGUGAACCAGAUGGACCUGCUGCUGUGGCCUCUGUUAGCCUCCGUCCUGUCCACCCUGGUCAUCUGCCUCGCCACCCUCGCUUACGUCUGCUACAAAAUGAGGCAUCCUGGAAGUCGAACACCGGGCUGCUGCAACCGUCGGGUCUCCGUCGAAGACGAGAUAUCGUCAGACGAGGAAGUCCCCACCAAACGCCAAAAACAACCCAAAAUGUCGGCAAAAGACGAGGUGGACGACUGGGGCAAGCCGCACGGAAAGGGCGAGACUCCGACCAACCUCGGGGGCAGGAAGAGCCGAUGGUCGUCCCGGCAGAAGUCGGUUUUCGGGGAGAGGUCGCUCUUCACCCGCCGCACCAACUUCCCUCCCCACACCCCGCCUCCUGCCUACCAGGAUACCGUCACACGGGUCGUUCCAGACUUCUAAUACGUCAGCGAUCGCCGGUGUCGUUUAUAUCCGGGCUGGUGCCUACCAGAACGUCAUUAGAUUGGAUUGAAAAUUGAUAUUCAAAUUAGCAGAUCAAAUUAAUGCAAAUCAAUAUUUUGCUUGAACACCUGAUUUUUUGCCUAAUUGAUUGAUUGGGUCUACAUGAUUUGUGUCAAUCUAUGACAAAUCAACAGUUGGAAUCAACAGUUUUGAUUCCACCCCAGAGGCCAGACUGCUCAGAUUUAACGUAAAGCAUAAUUCAAUUGUUACAUUUUACGUAAAACGUAUUUGACACCGACUUAAGUGCCAGUCUGCUGAAUAUGAGGUAGUAUGAAACCGUUACAUUCCUUAAUGUAGCACAUAGUGUGAAAAGAGCGUUACAUGUACGGUCUAUGAUACAGUAACUGUAUCAUUUGUACUUUUAAAUGCAUAAUGUAAAUAAUAUCCAUAGCUCAUAUCUCUAAGCAAAAUGAGCAGAAGGUACAUUUGAUGUACAAAGAAAUGUUUAUUUUGCCUCUACUCUUUUUCAAUCGUUACCAAUUUGUAGCAAAACUAUCUUACGACCUAAUUGCCUUAGACAAUAGAUUCACCAGCUGAUCCUGAUUGUAUAUAAUGAUCCUGACAUCACCUUUAAACAUCUAUACUGCUUACAUUAUCUAAGUUUAUAUAAAUCUAAGCUAUUGGGAAAUUUACAACAACCUAUAUUACCUAAAACUUUGGAUCUCCCACAAGCUGAUACUGAUUGUACAAUGCCAACUUUAAACACCUGCAGGUUUUAUCAUAGGUUAUGUAAAAUUGAUGCUAUAUGAUUGUGAAAUGCACAACAACCUAACUAUGACAAUGGCUUGUAGCCAGCACUUAUUCUACAGCUAUGAAUGCUCAGAAAUUGUGCCUCAAGCUUGGACUUUAUACAGAUGUGUGGCUCAUGAUUUACAUGUACCAUUUGUGUUGUGUUGGGAUGUUACAAUGUAAUACACGUCUACCAUUUUCACACGAACAGUUAGAAAGCGAGUAUGACUAUGAGGUUUGGCCUUCAUACAAAUGCACGCCUUGAUUCAUCAAUUGUGUGUCAGUUGUGAGUUGAUAUCUUACUAUUCUUACACUAAUGCGGUGAACGUUUAGAAAGUGCUUGUGAAGCCUUCUUUACAAAUGUACACUUUGUUUUAUUGCUUGUGUGAAAUCAGAUUAUAUCAUCACAUUAUAUUGCUGCGACAUACAGCCUUUGCAGUCACAAUUUUGUCUGUGCUUAUUUUAUCUACCAUCUUAUCAAAAUUUUCAUGCACCUGACCCAGGCCGUUGCCACCUUGCAACAGUAUGGAAAAGCAAGCCUCCAUGACAUAUGAAUUUGAUUGCAUGGUUGACAAUGUCAUCCUAAAAUGUAGAAUAAGGUAAGCUCAAAUUGCAUGCAGCCUGACCCAACAACAUUAUGCAAAUGGCAGAGUCUCUAUAUAUAUACUUCUAUAUAUAUAUUUUAUGAACUUGAUUGCAUAGAAAAUAAAAACCUCACCCAAAAAUGUAGAAUAGGGUAAGCUCACAAAACUGUAGAAAAAGGUUAGCUCAAAACAUAAUGUCUUACUCUAUGCCACGAAGCUCGAUAAGUAUUGCGCUCAACAACUUCUGAAAUUUGUGACAACCUGUCACUAGGAUGAAAACAUUGCUAGAAGCCAC